UUUUGCCUGAAGGCCUGGGUGGUGUCUCAUCACAGGGCAAAUCAGUGCAACGAAAACUGUGUCCUUGCUUCAAAUUUAGUUCGCAGUUAGCACUAGGGUGUGUUAGACGCCCUGCCACCUGCUUCUCACUGUUGAGCCUGUGCGCGUCUGAGACACAGUCAGACUCACCAAGAUGGCGUCCCGGAAUCUUACGACAGUGGAGGCGCUGGCCGUGCUACAGAAAAACUCGGACCAACUGUUUCUAGUUGUGACAGGAUUAUUCGUCUUCUUUAUGCAGGCGGGUUUCGGGUUCCGAGAGGCCGGCUCCGUCAGGAGUAAGAACACGACCAACAUUCUCAUCAGGACCAUGCUCAAUGUCUUUAUAUCCGGCAUCGCCUACUGGGGUGUCGGCUACGCCUUCGCUUACGGGACUCCGAGCAACUUCUUCCUCGGCCACAGCAACUUCUUCCUCAGCCUGCCUGUAGUUGACGUCACGCACGCUAGGUGGUUCUUUCAGUUCACCCUGGCGGCCACCUGCGUCACCAUCGUGUCGAGGGCGCUGACCGAGCGAGCGGAGUUCGCCGCCUGCCUGGUGUACGCCAUGCUCAUCUCCGGUUUCCUGUACCCUGUGGUCAGCCACUGGGCGUGGGACCCCGCCGGCUGGCUGCGGAUUGGAGCAAAGGACCCUGGUCUGGUCUUCCCGAACUUCUCAAGGCCGCUGUUCCAGGACUUUGCCGGCAGCGGUGUAGUUCACAUGACAGGGGGCGCUAUUGCACUGGUGGGGGCCAUCAUGGUAGGCCGGAGGAUCGGCAGGUUCGAAGGCCGGAGGGCGGUCAGGAUCCCUGAACACAACGUGCCGCUAGUGUCUCUCGGAACCUUCAUGAUGUUCCUGGGACUGUUGGCCUUUAACGUGGGCGCACAGGGCGCCAUCUCCCGGUCCGGGGACGGGGAGGCUGUGUCUGUUAUCACUGUCAACACCGUCAUCUCAGCAGCCAUGGGCGGACUUGUCGCCAUGUUGAUGAAGCGGGUCGGCAUCCUGGGGAAACCCAACUGGACCUACCUGUCCGCCGCUAACGGAGCUCUCACCGGCAUGGUGUCCGUCGCUGCGGGAUGUGACGUAGUGUACACCUGGGGUGCCCUGGUGAUUGGGACGGUUGCCGGGCUGACGUACUGUGUCUGGAGCCGGCUGCUGCAGGCGCUCAGGAUAGACGACCCCGUGGACACUAUAGCAGUGCAUCUUGGUGGCGGUUUCUGGGGCCUUGUUGCGGCCCCCAUUCUGUCACGGAAUGGUAUCAUCCAGGAGGUCAGCACCAUGAACCUCAAGCUGUUCGGUUGGAACCUUGCCGGGGCCGUGGCCAUCUUCGGCUGGGGCGUGGUCACCGCUGUCGUCAUCUUCGGGAUCAUGAAGUGUUUCGGGGCUCUACGUGUGGACGGAGAGGUGGAGAUGCAAGGGUUAGAUGUGCCCAAACACGAUGAGCCGGCCUAUCCCCAGGACGGGUACAACAACGGCUGGCGCCAGCAGGGGACUUUGGACAGGAAGUACGCCGGCGUGAACAACGACGGCUUCAUCUCAGCCGCCGUACCUGCCAGCAAGCUAGCAGUUCCGGAGAAGCCGCGAGGAUCGGCUCCCAUGAUGUCGACGCCGGCGAUCUACGACGACGUUCCCUACAUCCGGGAGAUGCAGAUGUCUGGGCGGGCACCGCGAGACCCACGUGACAUGACGUUAUCACGUGACCCACGCGUCAUGACGGUAUCACGUGACCCACGCGUCAUGACAUUAUCACGUGACCCACGCGACAGUGCCUCCUACUACGUGAGCCAGCCGUACUUCUAGACAUUUGCAUCUACCGGAUGUAAACUGAGGCCAGCAUGGUAACUGAUUGGGCUGAUAUUUAUGUUUACCAACCAUCUAUCACCAUGGUAACUGGUGUUGGGUUACAUCAUGUUGCAAUUUUGUAGCAGGAGGGAUUUAGACUC